UCACGAGCGUGUCAAGAUGUCGUUGGAUAUUCACAUUAUCUUACUAUGGAACAGCAAUUACGUUUCAAAGAUUCAGAAGCAAGGACAAGCAAGGACUUAAUUCGGCUAAUUCUUUUCUGUUUCAAUUCAUUUUCAAUUUUUCCUUUUUCAUUUUUCCUUAUUAUACAAACCUUUUUUCUCUCUCUUUCUCUCACACACAGUAAACCCUCAAAAACUCAGCUUUCGUGAGUAGCUCUAAAAGAUUCUGUAACUAUGGAUGAGCAAGAAGGGGUAAGUAGAGUCACUAGUGUUUCAGAGCCCACUGUGGGUAAUACUGUUGAUGAAACCCUAGUAGAGAAUUUGCGAUGUGAGGGGCAGGCUUAUAGUGAGGGGGAUGGUGGGGAGAUAAUGGUGGAGGUUGUAGGCACUGAUGUGUUUGUUGAUGGGGUUUGUGGUCAUGGUGCUGAAUUGGGGCAUGAGGGAUCGGGAAAAGGAGCCGACCCUUAUAGGGAUUCUCUGUCAAGGGAUGCUGAGGACUCAUCUGGGAAUACUGGAAAUGGUGUUGAAGGUGUACUUUAUGUUGAAGGGUCAUCUGGGGAUGUUUUUGUGACAUCUAGCGCUGAAAUUGUUCCGAGUGUAACAGCUUGUACAGUUGUACAGCAAGUCAGCUUCAGUGAUGCUGAGGGUAAUGUUGUCAGGAGCACUGAAUCUGUUGGUUUGACUUCACCUGAUGUUGCGGGGGAUGUUUCCAAGACAGUGGACAAUGAGGCUGUGAGUGAAACAGCUGAUAGAGUUUUGGAGCAAGUCAACAUCAGAGUUAAUGAGGAGGGGAAUGUUGUGGGAAGCUCUGUAUCUGUUAAAGGGAGUGCUGAUUUGACACUGCAAAGAGUGGGUCUUUCUGGUGAUGGGGUGUGGAAUCCUGGAAUUGAACCUCUGGCUGGAUCUUCUUCAUUUGUGCCACAAGACAGUUCUAAUAUUAAGGCUAGCAAUCUGAGAUUGGAUUCUUCUGAAAAAAAUGAAACUUCAGUCACAGAGAUAGUUGGCCAGGCUAGUGACAAAGAUGUUGCCAAUCAUGCAAGGGAUCAGAUAUCAGAUCAUCCAGCUGAAAGAGUUGUGUCAGGGGAUGGUGAGUUGGUAGAAAAAAUGCAUUCAGAGGUUGAAACCAUGGAAUCCGAAAUCCCUGAUCAAGAGAAAGAUGACUUGAGCAACAAGGAUGAGAAUUCACAUACUGAUGUUGAAACAAUGGAAACCGAUGUCCAUGAUCAAGAGAAAGAUAACUUGAGCAACAAGGAUGAGAAUUCACAUACUGAUAUUGAACCCAUGGAAACUGAUGUGUAUGAUCAAGAUGGUGGGUUCCCUAACAAGGAUAAUAAUAGCAAUUCUGUUGAUGACACAGUUUCUUUGAGACCAAACAGUCCAAUCCCUGAAGAUAAGGGAGGGGAUAUCAAGGUAGUUAGUGGCGAUUCAAGAAUAUUAGUUGACCACACCCCAGUUGUACAUGAUCACUCCUUAGGCAUCAAUGGUAACACUGCGCCAUCGUACCCUGGGAAGCAAGAACAUAGCUUGAAGGAAAAUUUGGCAGCAGAGAAUGGGGCUAUUGGUUCUUCUUAUGAAAAAGCAAACCAUGCCGAGGUUCGGGUAUUUAAGGUUGAUGCCAUGCAUGAAGAUAUAAGCGAUCUUGCUUUAUGUACACAACCAGAAGCUUCUCAUUUGGAAGCCCAAACUGGCAAUCUUAAAGAGGUGUUUAUGGAUGGUAGUGAGGUCUCAAUUUUAAAGAUACCAGUAUCCAGUGAUAAAGAUGGGAUCUUAAGUGGUUCAGACGAGUUUCCAGAUAUACAGCCUAAGGUUGCGGAUGGAGUUAGUGAAAUUUCUAGUGAUGAUCUCCCACUGUCUUCUGAACAGGCGAGUGCUCAUGAUACAGGAAACUUUGAGGAGAUGGAAGUCGAGGGGGUUCAUCACGAGACAACUGGCACUAUGACCUUUCCCAUGAAUGAUGAGAGUCUGAAUGUAGUGACGGUUGAUGCCAGGUUGGAUAAUGACGCGGGAAUUGGACACUUGGAAACCUCUCAUGAACCAGCUUGCAGAACUGAUGGAGAUAGUGUUGAAAUGGACAGGGAUGGGGAUGCCCAGCUUGGAACUGCCACAACAAGCUUAAGUUGCACUGUGGAUAAAAAUAUUUUAACAGCUGAAACAACAGUGUCUCUUGAGACUAUGGCUAGCCCAGGAGAGAAGAACACGAUGGAUGAAACAAACAGAGUAACCCACUUCCUGCCGGAAGGCUUGGACGGGGACAUGUCGCUGCAGCGUGUUGAGAACGAGAGCUUAUUGCCUUUUGAUGACUAUGCAGGAAAAGAAGACGAUCCCAAGAUGAGUGCAGUGUCAUCUAACGAUGAUGUUAUGACUGAAACUUCAUUACUUCAGGAUACUGACAAAACUUCAGAUUCUGAUGUUGUUAAUGGGAAGUCGCCUCUUUUACUGGAAGAUAAUGACUUAAAGGUCGAGGCUGAACAGAAAGUGGAGACUAAGGACACUGCUCUUAGAGAGGAUCCUACUCAAGCUCAUGAUUUGGCUCACGAUACAAAAGGUGUUAUUACAGGAAAGCAUUCGGAUAUUACCAAAGAAUUUGAAUCCACUGCGAAUCAAGAGGGUGUAGUGGAGCAUGAUCAUAUGCUUGCUCUUGAGAUGGAUCAUGAGGCUGGGAAUGCAGCAACUGCUGAUAAAAUGUCAAUUGAAGAAAACAACUUUAAUGUAGAGGGUGCUAUAAAAUCUCAAGCUGUAACAAAUUCUGGUGCUGAUGUCCCUCCUCCAGUUGGAGAUCAAAUUGUAGAAACUUGUAUUUCUCAUACUAGCAAUGCCGAGACGUAUCAAGCCAAUGAGUACCAGGAUUCCUCGAACGCAAAUGAGGGUCUUGUUUCCCGUGCGCAUGCUGUAGAAAUGAAGGUUGCCGAUGAACAAGAGAAAGAUGAAGUUGAAAAGCUUCAUGCUGAUACUGUGCAGGAAUCUUCAGAGCAAGACAAAGGAACUGAAGAAGUUGCUUCCGAGUCUAGCCACACUGUGAUGUUGAAUGAGAAGCCUGUGAGCUUGUUGAAAAUGCAACCUGGUUAUCUCAUUCCACCACAAACUGAUGACGAUGAGUACUCUAUAUCUGAUUUAGUCUGGGGAAAAGUCAGAAGCCAUCCAUGGUGGCCUGGACAGAUAUUUGAUCCUUCCGAUGCUUCAGAAAAGGCCAUCAAGUACCACAAGAAAGACAGCUUUUUGGUUGCGUAUUUUGGAGAUCGUACUUUUGCAUGGAAUGAUGCAUCUGUGUUGAGGCCAUUCUGUUCUCAUUUCUCCCAAAUUGAGAAGCAAAGUAAUUCAGAAACAUUUCAAAAUGCUAUAAGCUGUGCUUUGGAAGAGGUUUCUAGACGGGUUGAGCUUGGUCUUGCUUGCUCAUGCACACCUGAAGAUUCCUAUGAUGAGAUUUCAUGUCAGAUUGUGGAGAAUACUGGGAUUCGUGAAGAAUCAAGCAAAAGAUAUGGAGUGGACAAAUCAACUGGAGUCACUUCCUUUGGACCUGAUAAGCUCAUGCACUAUAUGAAAGCGUUAGCCCUAUCACCAACUUGUCGGGCUGAUAGGUUGGAUCUCACUAUUGCUCGAGCUCAGCUAGGGGCCUUUUGUCGCUUCAAAGGAUAUCGUCUGCCACCCAAAUUCUUGUUAAGUGGAGAAUUGCUGGAAAACGAUGCUGAAGUUCCACAGGGGGACGGUGCAACUGACGAAAAGGGCCAUGCUUCAGAAGACAACGAGCAACAUCCCACCAGUAAAGUCUCUGCUCACAAACGUAAGCAUGGUUCAAAAGAUAUUUCACAGACGAAAAAGAAAGAGCGAAGCAUGUCAGAGCUGAUGGUUGAUGUGGAAUGUGAGUAUUCUCUAGAUUGUGAAGAUGAUCAAGAUGGAAAAACAUUCACUUCUAGCAAAAAGAGGAAGGCUGUUGAUUCUCUUACUGAUGGAUCGGACAAGAGACCAAGUGUUUAUGCAGCUAAAGUGUCAACCACAGCAUCUGUAUCCCCUAAGCCGUCCUUCCGUAUUGGUGAAUGCAUUCAAAGAGCGGCAAGCCAAUUAACUCGUUCAGCCUCACUUCUGAAGUGCAACAGUGAUCAAACUGGGGCUGAUGUUCAAUUGCAGGACUCGCCAAAGGGAAAGGUUGUGAUUCCGACUGAAUUGCCUUCCCCAAAUGAUUUGCUCUCACAACUUCAGUUGGUGGCAUGGGCUCCACUGAAAGGCUACAACUUCUUAAAAACCAUCACUUCUUUCUUUUCGGGAUUUAGAAAUUCAGUUGCUUUGAGCCAGCAUUCUCGGAGGCAGAAUUCAUCAGCCGGAAGACCUAGCGGUGGUCGAAAGAGGAAAGCUUCACAAACUGCAGCUGGGCUUGCUGAAGAAUUUGAAUUCGAUGAUGUAAAUGAUUCUUAUUGGACAGACAGGAUUGUACAAAACUAUGGUGAGGAGCAGCUACUGCAGAAUGGUCAGAGUGGGGAAGGAGACCGUCAGCUUACGGUUCAUGAUCCAGAGAAACCCAAUAAACCAGGUCGUAGACCAUACUCUAGAAAACGAAAAUCCAGUGCGGAUGAUGAUACGACGCCAGGUGUUCCUCCGGAGGACAUUGAGAAGAGGAAGCAUGAGCCAGCAGAACUCAUAUUAAACUUUGCAGAAGGUGGUCCUCUUCCAUCUGAAAUGAACCUUAAUAAAAUGUUUAGGCGGUUUGGUCCACUGAAGGAGUUAGAAACUGAAGUUUAUCAGGAGUCUUCUCGUGCUAGGGUGGUCUUUAAAAGGGGUUCUGACGCAGAGGUUGCUCAUAGUAGUGCCGGAAAGUUCAACAUCUUUGGGUCACGGCAAGUGACUUAUGAGCUCAGCUACACCCCAGUUAUCUCAUUUAAGCCGAUGCUCAUUACACUUACACCAGAUCUGGAGGGAGCUAUUUGAUGAUACAGUUCCAAGAUGAUGGUAGUUCCAGUUUGAAGAAAAAAUGACUAUGCAGCGACGGCCAACAGUAACACUUUGAUUAGAGUGGGUUUGCUGGAGUAGAGGGUGACCAGAGACACAGAUGCAUCUUUUUGUAUAAAAGACCUCAUUUCUGUCUUAUGUACUUUCUUAUCUCUUUGUAUUGGCGAAAAGAAGAGUUGUCCCUCCUGCAUUAGAAAUGAUAAGUGCAUGAUGCAUCGAUAUCGUGCUGUGUUCAUGCUUAUGAUCAUCUUCCCAGUUUCCUCUUGAUUUUUCUGGAUGAAUGAAGAUGAAAUUUUUGUCUGA